CUACCGGAUGUAGAUGGUUCUCUUCUUCCUGUCUUCUCAGCGUUAGCAGGAUAAAGCGCAGCUAGUAAACAUCAAAAAAGGCUUAUAGCGGGCAAGAGAGCUCAAAGCCACCGGGAAACAAGAGUUUUUCGUGUUGGUGUGAAUCUACCGGAGUGUUUAGUUCCUCCGGUAACCGUCGGUGUCUGUCACCGUGUCUGUUAGCGGACACAAACCGGACCUUUGGGGCGUUAGUAGCCUAGCCUAGCCGCAGCUAACGGGAGGAUUGUGAAGAAACGGCUGAAAUGAUAGCGCUCAUUAACAAACUGCUGGACUGGUUCAAGGCGCUGUUCUGGAAGGAGGAGAUGGAGCUGACCCUGGUGGGGCUGCAGUAUUCGGGGAAAACCACCUUCGUGAACGUGAUCGCGUCAGGUCAGUUCAGUGAAGACAUGAUUCCUACAGUUGGAUUCAACAUGAGGAAGAUCACUAAAGGCAACGUCACCAUCAAGUUGUGGGACAUCGGAGGACAGCCUCGCUUCAGGAGCAUGUGGGAGCGUUACUGUCGAGGAGUCAGCGCCAUCGUCUACAUGGUGGAUGCCGCUGAUCCAGAGAAGAUCGAAGCCUCUAAGAACGAACUCCACAACCUGCUGGACAAACCGCAGCUGCAGGGAAUUCCUGUUCUGGUUCUGGGGAACAAGAGGGACCUGCCAGGAGCGCUGGAUGAGAAGGAGCUCAUAGAGAGGAUGAACUUGUCGGCCAUCCAGGACAGAGAGAUCUGCUGCUACUCCAUCUCCUGUAAGGAGAAGGACAACAUCGACAUCACUCUCCAGUGGUUGAUCCAACACUCCAGGACUAAACGGAGUUCCUGAGAAAUGACUCGACUCGCAAAGAACAGGCCAAACCCGACAACCGUAACCCCGCCCCCUCCCCUUUCCACCACCCUACCUGACUUUACAUUACCCCCCCCCCAACUCCAGAUGCAUCGAUACCUCUGAGCUUUGGCUUCUGUUACUGAAUCUCUUGGACCGGGUCAAAUUGGGUAGAAACCAAAGUGAAACCCACUUUUACAGAAUAAUUAAAGCACGGCUCAGAUUCAGCAUGAAGAUCCGACCCGAGGAGUUGAGUGUAAGGUUUAGUAGAACUUCCUCUUGAGCUCGCAUUCAGUUCAGUCUGCAGGAGACCAGCACAUAAACACCAGAGUCCCCAUCAGCGGGUUGAUUAUAGGCUCUAAAGCCUGCUGAGCUAGCCCAAACAACAGAACACGGCCUUCUGGGUAAAAUUACUUCAUGUUAGUUAUCCAAAUCGCCUUUAGUAAACCCAGAACAUCUGCAUCAGCUGAUCUAAAGCACAUCUGGAUGAGCCGACCGGCAGCCUAUCCGUGUUAGGGUGGGCGUGGUCUUGGGCUCCACCCACGCUGUCGGGGCCUCGUCCUGCAGCAGAACCUCUGGUAUCGGUGCAUCUUCCAUCCACACAACCUGUUUUCGGCCAUGUUGGAUUUUAUUCAUCACUACAACUCAUUUUUCCUUUAAACACCAAAUUACCCUUGACUCGUCAGCUUGUGUUGGUUUUCCCACAAUCCUCCUCUCUCCUCUUUCCAUCCAUCCCUCUCUACCUCCAUCGUUCAUCCCUCCAUUAUUUCACACCUUGUGCACCUUCCUCGUCUCUUUUCUUUUUAAUUCUGUUUUCUGUCUCUCUCUCCUCCCUCGCCGUCCCCCUCCGGACGAGCGAACGAGCGAUUUAAACCUUUUUAUUGCACUGUUGAUUUUGCUUUUGUAAGAUAAUAAUAAUGAGAAUAAUGUUAAUAAUCUUAUUGUGAUCUAACCCGACGUGUGCGGACUCGAUGAAGUGGUACUUUAACAGGAGAAGAACAAAUGUUUCUGUUUAUAUCUCUGUAAUUAGAUUUUUAUUCAUAUUUGUUUUAUAUUGUUAUUUUUUAUUGUUUUAUGAGUUCAUGUUUUUUUUUUUUGUCUAACUGGAGUUCAGUGUUUUGUGCUCCGAUCUGCUGAUUGGACCAGCGGUGUCAUGUGAUCUCAUCUGCAUCGUUUUCAACUAAACCAAGACUGUUGUGUAAUCACAUAUUAAAUUUUUACUUUAAAGCCAAAUGAUGUAAAAGUUUUAAUGCUUUUGUUCAGUUUAAUCAACUAAAAACCUGAAACCAAACAUGAAAAAUCACAAGUUAAAUUUCCUUUUAUGCCAGAAUUGAAACCAACAAUAAAACGUCUUCAUCCUG